ACCUGUUGCAUUUGGCAGCAGCUGCCUCACGCCAAGUUUCUGAUAUCUACGAGGACUCUCCUCUCCAUAACUACCUGUCACCAUGGCCCACCGAUUUCCAGCCCUCACCCCAGAACAGAAGAAGGAGCUCUCGGAUAUUGCCCAGCGCAUUGUUGCCAAUGGAAAGGGCAUCCUGGCUGCAGAUGAAUCUGUAGGAACAAUGGGAAACCGCCUGCAGAGGAUCAAGGUGGAAAACACUGAGGAGAACCGCCGACAGUUCCGAGAAAUCCUCUUCACUGUGGACAAUUCCAUCAAUCAGAGCAUUGGGGGUGUGAUCCUUUUCCAUGAGACCCUCUACCAAAAGGACAGCCAAGGGAAGCUGUUCAGAAACAUCCUCAAGGAAAAGGGCAUUGUUGUGGGAAUCAAGUUAGACCAAGGAGGUGCUCCUCUUGCAGGAACAAACAAAGAAACCACCAUUCAAGGGCUUGAUGGGCUCUCGGAGCGCUGUGCUCAGUACAAGAAAGAUGGUGUUGACUUUGGGAAGUGGCGUGCUGUCCUGAGGAUUGCUGACCAGUGUCCAUCCAGUCUUGCUAUCCAGGAAAAUGCCAACACCCUGGCCCGCUACGCCAGCAUCUGUCAGCAGAAUGGGUUGGUACCUAUUGUUGAACCGGAGGUAAUUCCUGAUGGAGACCAUGAUCUGGAACACUGCCAGUAUGUCACUGAGAAGGUUCUGGCUGCUGUCUACAAGGCCCUGAAUGACCAUCAUGUUUACCUGGAGGGCACCUUGCUGAAGCCCAACAUGGUGACUGCUGGACAUGCCUGCACCAAGAAGUAUACUCCAGAGCAAGUGGCUAUGGCCACUGUCACAGCUCUCCAUCGCACCGUCCCUGCAGCUGUUCCCGGCAUCUGCUUUUUGUCUGGUGGCAUGAGUGAAGAGGAUGCUACUCUCAAUCUCAAUGCUAUCAACCUUUGUCCUCUUCCAAAGCCCUGGAAACUCAGUUUCUCUUAUGGACGGGCCCUACAGGCCAGUGCACUUGCUGCCUGGGGUGGCAAGGCUGAAAACAAGAAGGCAACCCAGGAGGCCUUUAUGAAGCGGGCUGUGGUCAACUGCCAGGCAGCCAAAGGACAGUAUGUUCACACAGGCUCAUCUGGGGCUGCUUCAACCCAGUCACUCUUCACGGCUUCCUAUACCUACUAGGACCUGACUCCAACCAGCCUGGCCUCAGCUCUUCUAGGUGUCUUAGCAAGAGGGCUUUCAUUUGGCCCUGGAAUUAGACUAAAUCAAGCAGGAACUUCUGGAAACACAACACAUUUUAAAUCUUAAACAUGAGAGGAAAAAGUAAAUCAGUUAUUGGCAUAUAUAUAUACAAAUAUUAAGAAUCUGAUGAAAUUUCACACAAUAGUUUUUUUACAACAGUUCCUGCUCUCCAUGCUCCAGUGCAUCCAGCCAAGAAAACAAUAGGCUUUCAAACAAAAUCAGCUUUCCAACCACAAUGACAACUGCCUAGUGAAAUCCCUGCAAAGCUCGGGGCGAGAGUGAGUUUUAUGAAACAAUUUUAGCAGGAGUAGGUUUUGAUGGAGACAGCUGCAACUGAAAAAGAAAUAAACUGUUCUAUAAACCUUCA